AUGGGCUAAGCACCCGUAUGAACCUGUGUGUAAUUAUGUGAUGUAACCUGGUAUAUUUGUUUUUUUGCAGAGCGGUGGUUAUGAUUGUGAGAAGUUUGUAAAGGUGCCAGGCCAAAAUCUUGUCUGCAUACAUCUGCCAUGGGGUUUUCAGAUGCCCAGCCAUGUUUUCUGCAAGAGAUGCUUUUUGCAAUGGCUGAAGAGGCAGAAAACGUGUCCCUUCUGCAGAAAGGCAGUGUAUUGGGAGUUGAUGCUUGUGCUGUUCAAACUCAGCAAAUCCGUCCGCAGUUUAAAGAUGAAGUGUAAGAAUGAAAUACAUGGCUAUUGUGCCAUCUCCCCGCUAUCCUAUCAGUACGGUCACUGUGACUUCAAGGUGACCAGCUGUCCUAACGAAGGCUGCGAUGCAGAGGUCACGAGGAAGGAGCUGGCGAGGCACCUGCAGAGCUGCAAGUUCUGGGCGGAGCUGUGUAGGAUGAGCUGCGGAACCAUGUUGACUCAGAGCCACAAGCACCACAACUGCUACUGGGAGCUGAAGAGGGAGUUUGAGGCUCAGAGUACCCACAAGGCCAUUGCUGUAAAACUCAAAGUAUAUAAUCUGUAAAAUUAUGUAAUCUGUCUGUC